UCAUGUAAGAUGGCAAAUGUUACUCCAAGGAAAAGGAAUCAAAGUUCUUCUCAAUAUGGCAGCCUAUUAUUUGAAAAUCCAAUGAAGAAAAUAAUAUUGGACUUUACUGAAAGUAUACCUCCAUCCCCAAGUGGAACCCCUAGAAAGGAAAUGUCCCAAAUUAGUGAUACAAAUAAAGAAAAUAUAUGUUAUCUCUUCCAAGGACACCACAUUUCAAGUCAGUUCACUAAGUAUCCCUUAGAAACAGCCUGUGCUAUUCAGAAAGGAGAGGCGGUGAGCCCACUGAAGUCUCCACAGCAAGGUUCUCCUUUCAAAUCUGCCAUGUCAACUAGAUCCUUUUAUAACAGAGAUAAAUGGUACCUGAACCCACUGGAGAGGAAACUUGUCAAAGAGAGCAGGUCUCUUUGUCAGAAAAAUGAUUGUGGAUAUAACAAGCCAGUUCCCACCUUGACAGAGAAAAAACAUAAAAAGGUGUUCAAGAGGACAAACCCUAAAGGAAAAAAGAAUUCAGCUCCUAAAUAUGGAAGUUGUAAAGGCAUUAAAACUGUGUCAAGGAAUGCUGUAAAACCCCAGCAAAAUAGAGUGAUUUUUAAACCAACCACGGGGCAAGAGGAUAACAGUCAUGAACCUGACAAGAAUUUGACCUCAACUCCUCGCGUGCUGAGUCUAAAAGUUAAACCCCAAGUGACUCUCCAGAGUGGGGCAGCAUUUUUUGUGGCUGGGAAAAAAUCCCACUCUUUGGUCAAGAAAGUGGUUUUGGAUGGUCAAACAAUGUCUGAACUCAAGGCAAAUAAAUCUAAACCAGCAGUGAUUGUGAAUUCUGGUUUGCCUAGCACUAAUGAAAGAAAGACUUUUGAGAGUUCAAAUGGUAGAAUUAUUUCUCCUAAAGAAAGGAAGCCUGUUGAAGAUAAGUCUUUUUCUUUAAAGGGGUCUCACAGUGAGAAAAGUAAGAAAGGAUCUCCUGAGUCUGUUGCCUAUCCUAUCUUUAGUGCAACUUCAAGCAAUCAAAAAAGUUCUUUAGCUUUCCUGGAAGAACCACCAUCUUUAGGAUCUGGCACAACUAUUCGUGAGUCUUCAAAUGUCUUGAAAGAGCUCCAAGCACAGAAGGCUAACAAAAACAGCAGAGAAUUAAACAAAGAGUUGAAAGACCAGUUCAUUAUUGAUGCAGGUCAGAAGCAUUUUGGAGCCAUUGUAUGCAAGUCUUGUGGCAUGAUCUAUACAGCGGCUAGCCCUGAGGAUGAAGCACAACAUGCCCACUAUCACCAGAGAUUCCUGGAAGGAAUUAAAUAUGUGGGUUGGAAGAAAGAACGUAUCGUGGCAAAGUUUUGGGAUGGCAAAAUUAUAUUAGUACUUCCUGGUGACCCAAAAUAUGCCAUUCGAAAGGCAGAAGAUGUCUGUGAACUUGUAGAUAAUGAACUGGGAUUUAAGCAAGUUGUCCCAAACUGUCCAAGCAAAAUUAAAACCUUCCUCUAUAUAUCUGAUGAAAAGAAAGUAGUUGGAUGUUUAAUUGCUGAGCCAAUCAAACAGGCCUUCCGUGUCCUAACUGAACCAUCUAGUCCAGACUCUCCAAACCAGCAGACGUUUUACAACCAGCGAGCCUGGCAAUGUUCCAGCACCCCAGAACCAGCGCUCUGUGGGAUCAGUCGAAUCUGGGUCUUUAGCCUGAUGAGAAGAAAGGGCAUUGCCCGUCGAUUGGUGGAUACUGUCCGGAAUUGCUUCAUGUUUGGCUGCUUUCUGCGUACUGAUGAAAUAGCCUUUUCUGACCCAACACCAGAUGGGAAAUUAUUUGCAACCAAAUACUGCAACACACCCAACUUCCUUGUAUAUAACUUUGUUAGUUAGACACGUUUAGCUAUACCCAGAAAUGUUAAAGCCUAUUUUGUGUUUUGUGUUUAUUAAAUUGGUGAAUCAGAGAAAGAAUUUAUCCCAAGGUCCAAAUUAUUAAAAACUUUUUGUGAUAGGGAUACUUGCUCUCCGAUCCGUUUUUGUGGCUGGCUAUGGUUGUAGAAAACGAUUAUCUCUCUUGCCUUCUUGAUGUAGUUGACAAAGCAUCUGGUUUUCGAUAUACUUAGUCUCUAGCAAUGAGGGAUUAAUUUUCAAUAUGCAAUAUAGCCACUUGAUUAGAGCAAAUUAGUUUGUUAUAUUGAGAGAGAACUUUUAUAUUGAGUUAAUUCAUUAAAUUAUGUUUCAAAUCUCUAAUAUUUUCAAGGUCAAUAUAAAAAUGCCACUUUUUAGAUGCUUUAAUGCUAUUGAAAAACUUCUCUGAAAUGAACCAAAUGUGUGUUGAAUUGGUUCAUCAAGUUUAACUCCAGAAUAUUGUCUUUUCCUUAGCUAGUUUUAGUCAAGGGAAAAUUUUAUAGCUUUUAUUGUGCUACUUGCCUUUAAUAAAUUUGUCAUUGUUACUUAAUAUCAUUGACGUUAAGCUUAAAACAACUUGAAAUUCCAUUCUUUUUUUUUUAAUUUUUCAAAUGCACCUUAAUUGUUGAGCAUCUAAUUAAAACUGGGGAAAUGUACAUUGUAAGACUUCAUAUUUCAGUAUCUCUUGAGGUGGAAUUAUAAUGCUCUAGAGGAAAUGAUGAAAGGGUGUAAAUAAGUCUGGUUAUGUCUUUUCUAGGUGAAUUUUGGUGUUUUCUGCACUUAUUUAGAAACAGCUUGUCAAAAUACGUUUAAUUAAAAAUAAAAGUUUUAUUGAUGU